AUGGCAUGCUACUCGUUCGAAGAAACCCUGACAGAAGAGGCCUUGCGCUGGUUCCUCAACUUCCCCUCAAAUUCCAUCGAUAGCUUCCAGGAGCUCGGGGACAAAUUCCUCCGCCUGUUCAUUUUUUGUGGCAGUGGUUAUUGCACGACGCCUGACCUGUUUAGGCUCAAGCAACGGCCAAAUGAGCAAUUGCGAGACUUUGUUCGCCGAUGGAACAAGGAAACCAACAGAGACAAGCCUGUUCAACACAGUAACAGGAACCCACGAGAGCGCCCAAGUUACAACAAUAAAAGGGACAAACAGUACGGGAAGAGCCCUGAGAAGCCAAAAUACAAUUCAUCGGGCAGUCGGUAUCGCGAUGCUCCAUAUGGUGGUACCCGAUACAGGAAAAACCCAAAAUACAAUGCACCCCGAUACGAGAUCUACACCACACUCACCGCCUCAUACGAAGAAAUUUGGAAUAACCACAAAGACAUCAUCCCACGCCCGCCGCGGUGUAAACUUGGUCAGGACAAAACACAAGACAAUGGCAAGUACUGUACUUACCAUGAAGAGGCCGGCCACCCCACCAACAUAUGCUGGGCACUGAAAAACGCUAUCGAGCACCUCAUUCAAAGUGGCAAGCUCUCACAGUAUCGUACUCCCGCAACGGGAGCCAAUGCCAUUGAAGUCUACCGACAAAUAUUGACUACACAUGGAGGUGCCCCAAGGGGACCCGAGACUCUUCACCUACCAAAGCGACAGUGUCCUCGGGGACAAGAGGUGUUGGGACUAAGUCAUGGCUACCACACCCCACAGGUGGAGUGGGACUCGAUUGCUUUUAACCGCAAUGAAGACAUGAUACGGAAACAUCAUAACGACCCUUUCCUGAUCACUAUGGUCAUCGACCAGUAUCGAUGCCACCGGGUCCUGGUCGAUAGUGGCGCGGCGAUCAGUGUUAUGUUUAGCAGUUGUUACGAAGGCCUGAACCUGGAUAAGAAGAAACUCACCCAAGAUCACGAGCCCCUAAUCAGCUUUGCAGGAGAAAUCACACAGCCCUUGAGAUCCGACACCUUGGGAAUAACACUUGGUGGAGGCAACACUAUCGCUUUCAUGACAACACACUUUAUCGUUGUCGAUUGUCCUUCUUCCUACAACGUCAUCUUAGGGCGAGACGCCAUUUGGGGACUCUAA